UAUAACAGUGGGCGGCGGCUCAGUUACUGACUGGAGCCGGGGAGUGUGGAGGUUCGGGGGAGCGAGUGACAAAGAGGGAGGAAGCAUUGAGCACCCGGACUGCCCCAGCCCCAGCAAACCGGGCUAAACCCGGGCCACUCUCCCGAGGGUGUGGGGGGCUUCCCUCUGAGCCCCCUCCCUCCCUCCCUCCUCACACAGCCGGGAGACGUGAGCCGAGCCCAGCCAGCCAGCCCCUAUUGUCUGGCGAGCAGAGCCGACCGGGCGGGACCAGAGGAGGCGAGGCAGCCUGUCCCGGGGCUGGCGAAGGGACAGAGAGGCAGAUCCGAGCCGGGAACGCCUGAGACAGGAGAGUCCAUUCAUCCCGGGAGCCUCAGAGCGAUUUAUCCCGGGACAGGAGCGAAUCCAUCCCGGGAGACGGAGAGCGAUUUAACCCGGGACUCAUAGGACGACCCGUCACCGGACACACAGAGCGAUUUAUCCCGAAGCAGGAGCGAAUCUAUCCCGGGAGACGGAGAGCGGUUUAUUCCGGGACAGGAGAGUCCAUUCAUCCCGGGAGCCAGAGAGCGAUUUAUCCCGGGACAGCAGUGAAUCCAUCCCGGGAGACGGAGAGCGAUUUAUCCCGGGACUCAGAGGACGAUCCGCCUCCGGACACACAGAGCGAUUUAUCCCGAAGCAGGAGCGAAUCUAUCCGGGAGACUCAGGACGUUUCAUCCAGGGACAGAGGAUUAAAUCCAUCCCGGGACACACGGAGGGCGAUUUAUCCCGGGACGGACAAGAGAACCGAGCGGGGGACGGGAAGGCGAAUUGAAAGCAGAGGGGAAGGAAGUGAGGUCUGAACAUGCGGUGCCAGUCGGUAAGGUGGGAGGUAUUAGGGUCUGGGCGCUAGGGUCAGGAGUUGAGGUCGUGGUAGAGGAACUAGGGUCUGGAUGGAGCCCUUGGGUCUAGGAUUGAGAUGAUGGUAUAGAAUUUGAGAUCUGUAUCUUGGGUUUAGCGUUCAGGUUAUGAUCUUGGAGAUUGGGUCUGAAUCUUGGGUCUAGGGUUGAGAUGAUGGUCCACAAUUUGGGAUCUGAAUCUCGAGUUUAGCGUUGAGCUGACCCUCUUUGGAAUCUUGGGUUUGGAGUUGAGGACCUGUUUCCACAUCUAGGAGGAGGGGAGGGGGGACCGUCUCCACAGGUGAUGCCAAGGGCGAAGAUAUUGUCCCUGAGCUUGUGAGUCCCCAUUGACCUUAGGACCAGGAAGGCAUCUUGGAGGAGGUAGUGGUGGUGGGAGUUAUCUUGCCUUGGUACCUCUCCCCAGUGGGCAGGGGUGGUAGGACCCCCCAAACAUGACGUCCCUCCCCGUCUGGAAAGCACAGCUGCUGGAGAGGAAGAGGAAGGAUGAGGAAGAGGGCAAGAGGAAGGAGAAGGAGGAGGUGGAGAGACUGGCCAACAUCCCGGGCUGGAUGAAGGAGGUGAUGGAGCGGAGGAGGAACAGGCUGGGCUCCCGUCCCUGGCACUCGGAGGGGCACCAGGCCGGCGGGGGGAGGUGCGAGCCUCGGAGGGCGGACAACCUGGAGCCUGAGGGGGCAGUGGUCCGGGAGACCAUUGGCCCCGUCAAACGCAACCCCUUUGUGCGUCAGGAGAAGCAGAGGAGGGGCCCCGGGUCGGGGGAGGGUCAGAGGUCACGGCCGGAGGUCAGCGAAAGCAUGGGGGUGAGGACCAUCCGGGCUGAGGGGGUCACCAUCCGGGAGGGUCUGGAAAUCCGUCGCCCGCCUCCAGCUGGACCCUCGAGGCAGCCCACCCCAGAGGCGGCUCUGACCAGGAGCGUUGAGGACCUCAGUUCCUGGGGGAUGGGGGAGGACGAGAGAGAUGGCAAAGGGGAAGAGGAAGGGGAGGUCAGGAGGGGAAGGGUCAGGCGGCUCCUCAGCCGCUUCGGACAGAGGAGGGGGUUCGUGGCCCGGUCCCACAGCACCGAGAACGUCCCCCGCCGACCCCCCUCCCGUCCCAAGGUCCCGGGCAGCACCCCCCGGCCCCCUUCCCCUCCCCGGGCGGGCAACGAAGGUGGGACCCUCCUCCUGCUGGGAAAUAACAGGGCACCUGCCCAUGCCCGCCCACCUCUGCCCAGAGACCCCGAGAUUCCCCGGCCCCUCUCCCCGCCCAGGGUGGGUAAGAAAGGUGGGGCACUCCCCAUACUGGAAGAUCCCAGGGCGCCCAUCCGUGCCAACCCUCCUUUGCCCAGAGACCCCGAAACACCCCUGCCGCCCUCUUCACCCCAGGUGGGCAGCGAAGGUCAGACACACCCUGCAUUAGAAGAUACCAGGGUGCCCGUCCGUGCCAACCCACCUCUGCCCAGGGACCCCAAAACGCUGCGGCCCCUCUCCCCACCCUGGGUGGGCCACGAAAAUGGGCUGCUCCCCACACUGGGAGAUACCAGGGUGCCCGUCCGUACCCACCCUCCUUUGCCAAGAGACGUUGAAACUCCCCUGGGUAACGACGGUGAGACGCUCCCCACACUGGAAGACACCAGGGUGCCCGUCCUUGCCAACCCUUCUUUGCCCAGAGAGCCUGAGACUGCCCGGCCCCUCUCCCCACCCCAGGUGGGUAACAAAGGCAGGACCCUCUCCCCACUGGGAGACGCCAGGGUGCCCGCCCAAGCCCACCCCCUUUUGCCCAGAGAUCAGGAGGCUCCCCGGGCCAUCCCGCCACCCUGGGUGGACAACGAAGGCGGGGCUAUUCCCAAACUGGGAGAUCCCAACGUGCCCGCCCUUGCCAACCCUCCUCUGCCCAGAGACGGCAAAACUCCCCUGCUGCCCUCCUCACCCUGGGUGGGUAACGAAGAUGAGACACUCCCCACACUGGAAGAUACCAGGGUGCCCGUCCUUGCCAAUCCUCCUUUGCCCAGAGAGCCUGAGACUGGCCGACCCCUCUCCCCACCCCAGGUGGGUAACGAAGGUGGGACUCUUCCCAAACUGGGAGAUCCCAGGGUACCCAUCCUUGCCAACCCUCCUUUGCCCAGAGAUCAGGAGGCUCCUCGGCCCCUCUCCCCACCUCAGGUGGGUAACGAAGGCAGGACCCUCUCCCCACUGGGAGAUGCCAGGGUGCCCGCCCUUUUGGCCAGGACCAUCUCGCCACCCUGGGUAGACAACGAAGGCGGGAAUCUACCCAAACUGGGAGAUGUCAAGGUGCCCGCCCAUGCCCAUGCCCACCCUGCUUUGCCCAGAGACCCCGAGGCUGCCCGGCCCCUCUCCCCACCUCAGGUGGGUCACGAAGGCGGGACGCUACCCAAACUGGGAGCUGCCAAGGCGCCUGCCCAUGCCCACCUUCCUUUGCCCAGAGACCAGGAGACUCCCCGUGCCCUCUCCCCCUCCCCACCCCAGGACGGGGGUCCCAGGAGGUGGCCCCGGGCAAUGGCUGGGGAGGGCGAGCAGGGGGCGAGGGCUGAAGGGCCAGGGUGCGAGCACGGAUCUCUCCCCGGGCCCGGCAGCCUCUGGCGACCGCAGGCUGAGGGCGACGCCUCCGCUUCUCCUUCCCCUUCCCCUUCCGAGCCGCCGCCCCCUCCUUGCAGCCGGGCUCCCCUCGCCGCUCCUCACGCUGCCGGCCAUGAGCCCCGGGACCGGGAGAGGGAGAGAGCCGGGGGUGAGGAGUUAGACCCCUCCAGGGGUCUGGACCCUAGCAUGAACAGGCUCCACCGCGGGGCCGCGUCGCCCCCACAACGCAAGGCGGGCAGGACCAUCACCAUCAACCCUCGCAGGGCGGCGGAGAACGGGCUGGCAGCCGCCCCUCUGCUGACCCAGCCUCCGCCCACCACCACCGCCGCCGCCGCCGCCAUCACCCCCGGCAAGAAGAGGUACCCAACGGCCGAGCAGAUCCUGGUGAUCGGGGGAUACCUGAGCCUGAGGAGAUCGUGUCUGGUGAAGACCGGGAGCAGCCGGAGGAAGCUGAACAUCUCCUUCAACGACGGUGAGCUGGAGUCGACGUUUGAGUACCCGUCGGAGCUGGCGCUGUUGGCCGAGUUUGGGGCGGAGGAGGAGGAGGUGUCGUCGCCACAGGCCCGCGAGCCCGAGGAGGAGGAGGAGGAGGAGGAGGCACCGAUCCCUCGCCUGGAGGUGCCCGGCUCGCCCUUGGUGGGCAGGGCCAUCCGCAGGAAGCCACUUCUCGUAGACGAGAAUUGCAGGUGAUGUCCGCACCGAUCUCCGCUUUAGUCCUGCCUGCUGCCAGGGGGACCACUUACCUCAAGGGGACAGAUGUUGGGAGGGGGAGCGCGUGGACUUUCCUCCCCCUUCGCCUUUGCUGCUGCUGGGGACGACUCUUCGAGCCCACGCUCUCAAGAAAGGUUCUUAACCACGGGACGACUUUUCAAGACGGAACAACUCGUCCAAGCCCAAGUGAAACUCGCGUCCACAGCAAGAGCGACAACCCUUUCCCUCGGACGAUCGAGGGACCGCCGUGCCAUGCGUUUCCC